AUGGGGGAGUGGGAAACAGACUGUGCAACUCCUCCGAUCCCUCCCAGGUCAAAGCAGUCUGGUAGGCGUCCGAUGACUCCCGCGACAAGGGGAACAUCUUCGUCUGCCAUGAGCCCUGAUUUUCCCGAGAAAAGGUCCUCCAGGGACGAUACAAACGAAGAGAGCAUCAGCAUCCUCGAUCCCAGAAGAUUCACCCCUACUCUCCAUGCUAAUUUAGUGUCUGAAAUUCUUGCCCUAAGACGUGAUCAAGAUGAGAAGAUUAGGCAGAUAGAGAGCUUGGAGACUGCUCUGCUCUCGGUGAAAGAGGAGCACGAGCAUCUUCAGGAGAAUUUGAUCAUCUCGUCAAAGGAAAACCGCUCAUUGAAGAGACAAAUUUCGCUGCUCGAAGAUGGAACAGCAUCUGCCAUGGGAGAGUUGGCACGCCAGCGAGACGAAGCGGUCGACUCGGUUGCCGAAACGAAGAAGAGGCUGGAGUCGGCACAGAAGAAGAUUCGAGAUCAAGAAGACGACUCCCAGAGGGUUCAUGAACUCUUGGUGCAAGAAAAGGACCAGUGGGAAGAUGAGCGCCGCAAGUAUGAGCGGAAGCUGCACAUUGCUGAAAGUCGCUUGAGAAUGAUACUGGACGAAGUGGCCGUACAUCAGUCUCGCCGGAUGAGUGUCGGGCCUGCCACACAGCUCCCUGAAGACCAGGUCGGUGGCGAGGAUAGUGACACCGAAAGUAACAGGACCAGGAGCCUCACUAGCAGCAUUCGACACUCCCUGCUCAAUGGUCCAGUCUUGCAUCCCGGAAACUCACUCGCCGACGAGCUGAAUUUUGACGAUGAUGACCGUACCGAUGCGGACGGCCGAGAAAGCGUAUUGUCGCAACAUUCUAGCCCCAAGCACGUCCGAAGCUGCAGCCGUGAAAGCGGUGCAGGUCGAUUUCGCCACGUAAAUUACAGCACCGAAGGUUUGAGACGGUCCGGAUGUGUCGCUCGAAGUCGACUGUUCAUGAAUCCUGCCGUCUGGGAAGCGCUCGAGGGCGAAGAUGGAGCACCAGUGGUUUCGCAGAUGAUCAGGGGCAAACAUUAUGUCGAUGCUGGCGUUCAAUACUCUCGGCCGCCCUCGCCAGAGGUACCUCGAUGCAAGUCGCCGACGACCGAGACGUCAGGGCAGUGCAUCAAAACGACCGAUCGCGCGUUGACAAUCGAACCUCCAAAAGCCGGCAACAGGAUGAUCUCGACGUCUGCUCAAACGUCAGACCUGCCCAUGAGUCCUCCAAAGACACCACAGUCGCCCAUACCGGAUCUUGAUGGCCCAACACAUAAAUCAGUACCUAUGGUGACAGCAUCGACGCAGACAGAAGAGGCUGCAGCAGUUUUGCGAGCGAGCGUCGACAACUCGUUUAGUCGGCCGACGCCUUCUCCGCCUCCACUCGAGAUCCCAACAAUCAGCAUUCAGCCACCCACGAGUCGGCCGAUGACUCCAGGAGAAAUACGGCUGCCUCAACACUUCAAACAAUUCGGUUGCCAAGUGAACUUGUCUUAUGCUGUCCCAAUGAGCGAUGCUAGUGUGCAGACGGAAGGCAUUCACGUUGACAAGAGAUUGGCAUUGCUACCUCCACACUUGCAGCCUUCAGCCAUCUCGUCUCGACCAACGUCACCAAACACAUUCAGAGCAACGCCAGAUCAUGACUCGGCAUCGAUUUCGGCUAAAGUUCCGCCUCGAAACCCUCGACGGGUGAGAAAUAGUCUGGACCAGGACGACUUUCCGUCGUCUCCAGUCACCUCGCUGAAAAGUUACUUGACUCAAGCUGAUGACCUCGAGUCGUCAAGCAAGGGCGGCGGCACCGCAGCACGGCGCAUGAAUCAUAAUCUUAGCAGUAUCUUCGCGGGGUUCGACACGGCGAGCUCGGAUGAGGGCGACGUGUUUGGCGACCUCGAUAGAAGUGAUGCAGAGUUUCCGACUGCACUGUCGGCACCCAGGCCGCCACCCGUCUCAGCCGGGGUGAUAAAGCGCGGGUCUUUGGGGACUGCCACGUGUGCGGAACAGGCAGGACCAAAAUUUGGAGUGCUGAACUCAGACAAGGAGACCCAGGACGAAGGCCACAGUCAGGGGCUGAGCAGGACAUACGGGAGAGCAACGGCUCCAGCACCACCAUCGCCACCAGGCUGCGCUGAUCUUGAUAGCGCUAUACGCAAGGCUUCCGUUAUUCAAAAUGGAAUAUGUUGCCAGCAAAGCCCGCCCAUUGGCUUCAGUCCUGUAGAUGGUCAAUGCCCUCCUUACCCAAUUCCCAAUAGAGAGAGCUCCAGAAGGUCGCAAAUCGGUCUCAACAGCCCCAGCGAGGGCCAGGCAAGCCCUACGGGAAGGCAGCCAUGGCAUAGACGCGGCGGCAGCCGCUCGUCACAACAAUGCCACAGCGUCCGCAAAGCUCGCUCUGCGGCUGCUUUGCCACGUGCGCCACGCCAACGAAGACACGGCAGCCUGUCGCCUCCGCCAUUAUCGCCAUCAACAGAGGCACCUGAGACUCCUUGCUUGGCGCCACUGGCUCGGAACGACACGACGACGACGCCUCGAAACGGGCGCGAAAGAGGGCAGCUGAGCUACAGACGGCAUCGACAUGAACUGUCCACAAACACCGACAAGACAAACACCACAGCCCCAACUGCUUGCACCAGCGCGUCUCAUCCGACCGGGGUUGUCGAUGCCAUUGCCCAGACCAUGGUGGGUGAGUGGAUGCUCAAGUAUGUGAGGAGGAGAAAAUCGUUUAGCGUCGCCGAGAGCAACGGCAAAGACGACAGUAGCAACGAUCGUCACAAGCGAUGGGUUUGGCUCGCUCCUUAUGAGAGGUCUAUCCUUUGGAGUAGCAGGCAGCCGUCAUCAGGUAGCGCCUUGCUGGGCAAGACUGGCCGCAAGCUAUUGAUUCAAUCAGUUCUGGAUGUGAAGGAUGACAAUGUCGCACCUAAAGUGAUGCCUUUGGUAUUCAAUCGAUCCAUCUUGAUCUUGACGCCGCAGCGGGCUCUCAAAUUUACCGCGAGCUCGGCCGAGCGUCACUAUUUGUGGCUGAUGGCGCUGUCGUUCUUGGCUCAUUCUACGCAAGCUGUGCCGGGCAUGAUUUCCGCGCCACAAGCCAGCAUAGGGCAGCAGCAGCAGCAGCAGCAGCAGCAGAAACUCCCCGAGUUCGAGCCCCCACGACUCAAGGUCAGUCGAGGAGGCAUACGAGAUUCCAUCCUGCUGGCCAAGGGAAGAAAGACUCUGGCUUCUCGAGGCGGCAGUUCAAACGUGCCGAGCAGCAACGGCGUCCACUCGUCGUCAUCCCGCGCCAGCGAGGCUACCUCGUCGCGCAUGAUGGCUGACUCGGGCUCGGCAGCCUCAUGCGGGCACAGCCGGGAGCAGUCUCGGGAGGCAGCAGAGGCGCCGUUCAUCCCACGGUUUCCGGAAAGGAGCGCGCAGGCUGUGGCGACACACGGCCGAAAGCGCAGCAACACGGGAGGGCACGUGGCUCCGCCUCUGUCGUUUCGAGGCUUUUCGGGGCCCGCAGGAAGCGGCAGCUCGGGCCCCAGCACGGGCAACGGAAGUGUGGACACUGCAAUGUCGUCGGAUGCGUACCAGACCCAUGGCUCGUCAAGUACGACGUGGUGGAACAUGAGCCAGAUGGCGUCGCAGCGCACCUCUGAAGCUUCCUCAAGACCGGGCAACUUUUUCGAAGCCAUCGGCACGAUAAGAAUGGAAGCAUUCAUCAACCCGUUGGCCCAUCACCAAGAGAAGGGCUCUGCGGAUGAGAGAAGUGACGGCCGCAGAAGCAGCACGCGGAGACGAUAUCGACAUGCCAGGAGGAGAUAUACACGGAGCCAGCCCCGCGACAGCGGCAGCUACAAGAUUGCUAACGGCGGCGAACUUCAUCAUGACUCGGCAAGGCAACAGCAGGCGGCAGAGGAUGGCAUGCUCGGAAACGACCCAUUCAAGGGGUUUUAG